CACACAAGGGUCUUUAUUCGGAUUAGAGUCCUGGCUCAUGACUGUCACCAGCACAGCGGCACAGGAGCGAGAGCCCCAGACCUGCCAAACAAGGGGUUUUUAUGUGUGGUUACCAGAGGCUUGGGGGGUGAGGGGAAGUGGGGAAAUUUCAGACUUCCCUGCAGCAAGCUGAUUAGCUGUUGCCGGGGUGUUUGCAGGGUGGGGUAUAGCGGUUUUUCCUGUAACUAAAAUAGGGUAGAGUUCAGCCCCUGGUCACAGCUGAGAUGGAUGCCAAAGCUAAGAGGGCUGUACUUGUGCUAACGUUAAACUUGAGGUGGGAUGGCCUUAAUUUUCUCGGCCUCCACAGGGCUCAAGGGUGCACACAGGCUGGCCCAGGAUCAUUCGUUGUUUAUACACAGCUUGUGUGUUCAAGGAUCACGGGACUGAACUUUCCAAGUCCGAGCUGUUACUAGGUUGGCCAACAGGGAGAGGGGCGAACACAAAAUUGUUGGGGGAUUAUAGCGGUGGGGAAGAGCCAGGGUGAUUUAAUCUGGCUCCAGAAGGGGUGGAUUGUGGGGAAGUAGUAAUUCUCAGCCCGUCUGCUCAGUCCUGUGCCAGGCACCUAAUCCAAUGGAAUGUACGUGCUGACGGAUGGGCUCCUAGGGGAUAAAGCAGCGGACGGUUAAGGCAAUCGAUAAGUCAGGGAUUGUUGCCCCCACUGCAGAGACGAAGGCAAUGAAGCCAAAACGGUAUUCCAUCCAAGCCUGCCAGAGGUCAGGGCGGAGCCAAUCCCCCAGCCGCGACUCCUUCUACCCACCUCACCGCGUCCGGCUCCCGCCGGCACCCCAACCCCGCCCCUCCCACCACACUUCCGGAUUCCGCUCCGCCCACCCGGGAGUACUUUCGGCCCCCGGUACCGGAAACUGCGGCCGGGAGCCGUGGAGCGGCAGCCAUGGGUGCCCGGUGGUGCUGAGAGCAGUGGGGCAUGGCUGUGGUCCUGCAGGUUCUGCCCUGCGUGGCCCGAGCCCUCUUACGCCCGCUCCUCAUGGGGAUCCCGGUGGUCCGGCUGGCCAGCGGCAUGGCCCUGGCAGAGCAGGCACAGCAGCUCUUCGAGAGCACUGUGGGGGCCGUGCUUCCAGGCCCCAUGCUGCACCGGGCACUGUGCUUGGAUCCUGGCAGUGGGCUGCUGAAGGUGCGGGAUCGGAGCUUUCAGCUGCGUCAAAACCUCUAUCUGGUGGGCUUUGGCAAGGCUGUGCUGGGCAUGGCCGCUGCAGCGGAGGAGCUCCUGGGCCAGCAUCUCGUGCAGGGUGUGAUCAGCGUGCCCAAGGGGAUUCGUGCUGCUAUGGAGCAUACUGGCAAGCAGGAGAUGCUGCUGAAGCCACACAGCCGUGUCCAGGUAUUUGAGGGUGCAGAGGACAACCUCCCAGACCGAGAUGCACUUCGGGCUGCACUGGCCAUCCGGCAACUGGCCGAAGGUCUCACAGCUGACGAUCUCCUGCUUGUACUCAUCUCAGGUGGGGGCUCAGCCUUGCUCCCUGCCCCUAUUCCGCCUGUGACACUGGAAGAAAAGCAGACACUCACCAAGCUGCUGGCAGCCCGUGGAGCCAACAUCCAGGAGCUGAACACCAUCCGGAAGGCCUUGUCCCAGCUCAAGGGUGGGGGGCUGGCUCAAGCUGCCUACCCUGCCCAGGUGGUGAGCCUGAUUUUGUCAGACGUGGUGGGGGACCCAGUGGAGGUGAUCGCCAGCGGCCCCACCGUGGCCAGUGUCCACAGCGUGCAAGACUGCCUGCACAUCCUCAAUCACUACGGCCUUCGAGCUGCCCUGCCCCGUUCCGUGAAGACCGUGUUGGCUCGGUCUGACUCUGACCCUCACGGGCCGCACAGCUGUGGUCACGUGCUCAACGUGAUCAUUGGCUCAAAUGCGCUGGCCCUGGCUGAGGCCCAGCGGCAGGCCGAGGCACUUGGGUACCGGGCCGUGGUGCUGAGCGCAGCCAUACAGGGUGACGUGAAAAGUGUGGCCCGGUUCUACAGGUUGCUCACCCAAGUGGUCGGAGCCCACCUCACCCCGCCUGGGACUGGGGCCUCCGUGGAGGAGGAGGCACAACUCUGGGAGCUGGCAGCUGAGCUCCAGCUCCCAGACCUGCAGCUCAAGGAGGCCCUGGAGGCCGUGGUGGGGGCUGGGGGCCCUGUCUGCCUGUUGGCUGGUGGUGAGCCCACUGUGCAGUUGCAGGGCUCAGGAAAGGGUGGCCGGAACCAGGAACUGGCUCUACGUGUCGGAGCAGAGCUGGGACAAUGGCCACUGGGGUCUCUGGAGGUGCUGUUUUUGAGUGGUGGCACUGAUGGACAGGAUGGGCCCACAGAGGCAGCUGGGGCCUGGGUCGUACCCGAGCUUGCCAGCCAGGCUGCCGCUGAGGGCCUGGACGUGGCUGCCUUCCUAUCCCGCAAUGACUCUCAUACCUUCUUCCGCUGCUUCCGAGGCGGGGCGCACCUGCUGCACACGGGGCUGACUGGGACCAACGUCAUGGACGCCCACCUCCUGUUCCUGCGGCCGCGGUGAUGGCGUGGAUCAUGGUUGAGUGCAGAGGAGACCUACGGGGCAGCAACCUGGGGCAGACCAGGGUUGGUCCCCAAGGCCUAACCAGGCCUGAGGGCCCCUUCUGUCCUUGGCAGUGGCUGCUCUGUUGACCCUGGGCCUCUUUUCUGUGCUCGUUCCCCCAGCCAGACUGGCAGAUUGGGGCCUUCUCCUCUCCCUCCUCUUGGUCAUGACAGCAGCUAACCCUGAAGAUUGGGAUGAGCCCCUUGGCCCGUUGGCUAUUCCUGGUCUUCUCCCCAACAGCAGGCAGCCCCUCUGCUGAGCUCUUGAGUGUCUUUUCUAUGGGGUGAAGUGAGAAGGACUGCAAAUAAACAGAGCCACACUAUGGAUUCUCUGUGUCUUCUCCCUCAGAGCAAAGACUCCGAGCUGCUGGAAAUGGGGUCAGGCUGUAGCCCCAGCACUGCGCCUCUCUAGGGGUUCCCCAUCCCCCUCUC